AUGCAGAACCGACAAGAAAUGAGAUGUGGUAAUGAAGAGGAGAAAGAGGCCCCUUUGAUGGCGCUGAAUCAUGUUUCUAGGGUUUGUCGAUCGGUGGAGGAGUCUGUUGAAUUCUACACAAAGGUUCUUGGGUUCGUGCUGAUCAAGCGGCCCGAGUCCUUCCAUUUCGAUGGCGCCUGGCUCUUCAACUACGGCAUCGGCAUCCACUUGGUGCAGUCCAAGGACGAGGACAAGCUUCCCCGAGAUAAGGACCGUCUCGAUCCCAUGGAUAACCAUAUCUCUUUUCAGAUAGUGGUGUUUUAG